ACUAAACAAGAAUUCUGACGUCUUAUUUAAAAUUCUUCUAUAGUACGCAUGGAGAGAACAGAGAAAGGAGAUACUGAUAGAAAGCAAGGUGAAGAUAAAGCAACAGUUGCUGAAGAGGACACAAAAUCGACUAAAACUCGAGCUGUUGUAGAAGCUAACUCAAAUUUAACUUAUGAAAAUUAUGAAACUUCUAAGAAUUCAGAAUGUGGAGAUUCUAAGAAUUACAGUCAAGCAGGAGAAUCUGAUCGGAAAAUAAAUGAUGAUUCGGAGAAAGGUAUGAGCUAAUAUUUCAUCAUGUUGAUUAGCGUUAAAAUUAAAAUAUUUUCAAUGACUCAUUAAUUAAUGACUAGAGAUCUUUGAUUGAAACUUUUGGAACUUUCCCUAAUAUUUUUUCGAUUGGAAAAAGGAUAUUAGUUUAGGGCAUAGGUUGUAUAGGUAGUUUAGAAUGGUAAUUCAUAUUGUCAAUUGACAAUGGUUAGUGAAACGUAGUCACCAUUACUGCAUGCGCGAUUCGCGUUAUAUUAUUUUUUACAUACACCAAUGAAAAUGAAAGAAAACGUCGAUAUCUCAGACAGCGUUUACAUGCAAGAAGAUAAUAUAUAUUGUCUUUGAACUCAAUUAUAUAGUUCUUUGUAUUCGUACUAAAUUCAAUGGAGCAUGAACAAGAACAUUUUAUUUAUGUCUUGUUUAAUAGUCAAAUUAUAUACAGGAUGUCUAAAAAAAAACGCUACGGAAAUUCAACAGACUGUUGUGCAUCACAAACUUAACUAAACAGUUUAAUUUUUACAUAGGACGAAACAGCUAUUAUUUAGCUUUUCUAUGAUACUUUUCUUAAACCGUAUAUAACGAUGAGAAAUGGCCACAUACUCGUCAAAUAAAAAUUGUCGGACGAAAUCACAUUCUUCCACCGUUGGCGUUGGGAAUUGAAAGUAGCUACAUUAAUUAUGCAAAGUUAAUCAAUCCAAAAGCAACGCAAGCCUUCUGCAAGGUACCUGUUUCGUAAAACGUUUUGAUUACUAAUGUUCUCUGUUCAGUGGUUAAUGGAACCAUGUUUAAUGCAAUAAUGGACGUUCUUAUGGUCUCACUGAGACAAAGAUGGACGAGUUGAGCUUAUUUUAGAUAAUUUAACAUUUAUCACUUACUUACUGAGACCGAGGGAAACAGUGUGUUUUGUGGACCCGAGACCGUCGAUGUCGUUUUGUGGACCCGAGACCGUCGAAACAUCGACGGUCGAGGGUCCACAAAACACACUGCUUUCCCGAGGUCUCAGUAAAUAAGUGUUUUAUUAUAUAUCAAUAGUCAAAGAAACAACAAAUUAAAGAACAAAUGAACGUAAAGACACGAAAUAUUUUAUUGUUAAAACGUUAUAUUAAACACUGGCUACACUGCAGUUAUAAGAAGCGAAAGUUUUAAUUACGUACUAGGCAUGUCCAAAGGUCGCACCUUCACGUGAUGGCGCACGUGAUUUUUUUUGUUAUUCGCCGGUCGAUAACGUAUUAUCUCCCUCUCGCGCUGUUGCGAGGGAGACAGCCUAAUUUCGUCACUCUCACGUGAUAUGCUCUCAACCAAUAAAACACUAGAAAAAUGCGACUUUGACUAUUGAUAUAUAAUAAUAUAAUUUACUGUUUAAUGCAGAAGCUAUAAUUCAAUGGAUUAUGCAUCGAUGAUAUGUGCAAGUUAGUAAGAAAGUAUAGUAUAAUCAUGUUCGUGAUUUCAUGUAAGGUUGUCCUUAUACAAGCUAUUACCUGCAUAAAUUUUAAUCCUAAUUACUUAUAUUGUUCAAGAAGCCAUUUGAUCAAUUCCAUUGUUAAACCACUUUCUCAAAUCAUAUAUGACUUGAUUUCGCGAGUUAGAUAUAUGCACUUAAAGCGUGACUAACCACAAAUAUGACUUUUGGUAUGGGUAAUAUUUGGGUCAUUCGAAGAAAAAAUGUAAUGUAUCUCUAUAAUACAAAAUCCCAUCUUGAUCAACUUUUCCCCUGUCAAAAUUUCCGGAUAUUUCAAAUCAAUUUUCCUUUGUUUUUGUAUAAAAAACGGCUAUAAUAACCUCAUAUCCGGAACUUUGACAGUGAAAAAGUUGAUCACGUUUCUUCUCAUAAUGAUCCAAAUAUUACGCAUACCAGAACUUAUAUUUGGCGUUGAUCGCACUUUAAAAGAUGCACAUCUAAAACAAUAACACGAAUUUUCCCCGAGCCAACGGCGCAGCACGGAGCGAGAGUACCCGGCUAUUUACACCCGGGGAAAGGAAAACAUUAGCGAAGUCUAAAUUUCAUCCUGAUUUCAUCAAUGAUUGCGGGCGUGGGUCACUGUGCGUGGGUGGUCAUCUCACUGAUUUCAAAAUAUGGCUGUUUGCCAGGAAAGCCUGGAAAAUCGUUUCACAUAACAAAUUUUAAAACUUUUUUCAUUUUUUAAACGUAAACAUUUAUAAGAAUUGAUUUUAAUAGUAUGAGAAAUCCUAAAGUAUAGGGCAAGCUUGUUUCCAUUGUUUAUGUGUGACUUUGUAUUAUUAAAUCAUAUAGACUUUGUUCUUGUUGUUCAAAUCUUUCCCAUGCCUUGUACUGUAUGCAAAAGUCUCUUAGUUAAAUCAGGUUUUGUAGAAGUUCAUCAGUGAUAAAAGGGAAAGCAAAUUAUGUUCAUAAGCGUCCUGUACGAAUUAAAUUUAUUUUAUUUCAAAGUGCGAGUAAUAAGGUGAAGAGUAUAUUAGCUUAAUAUCGGCAAAAAGCAGUUCAUUUCAAUUCACAUUAAAAAAAAGUUUAGAUAGAGUUUCGUUUUGAAUUUUGCAUUAAAAUAAAGUCGAUAGAAAGCAAAAUAAUAAUAUAAUAUACCUACAUUUUUAUUUAAAAGUGUUCAAGUUUCAUCUGUUUUUUGUAGGUUUGUAUACGAAAAGUUUAAAAAACUAUCGUGUUGCCAUGACUAACAUGACGUGACAACGCAAGCCUGUGUUCAGUGUUGGCAUAAUUACGAAUACUUCAUGUUGAAACAAUGUUUGGAAAAUAUAAGCGAGGGGUCGUUUAAUGCAUGUAUUUCUAGUAAAUAAAUAACUAAACAAGAAUUCUGACGUCUUAUUUAAAAUUCUUCUAUAGUACGCAUGGAGAGAACAGAGAAAGGAGAUACUGAUAGAAAGCAAGGUGAAGAUAAAGCAACAGUUGCUGAAGAGGACACAAAAUCGACUAAAACUCGAGCUGUUGUAGAAGCUAACUCAAAUUUAACUUAUGAAAAUUAUGAAACUUCUAAGAAUUCAGAAUGUGGAGAUUCUAGGAAUUACAGUCAAGCAGGAGAAUCUGAUCGGAAAAUAAAUGAUGAUUCGGAGAAAGGUAUGAGCUGAUAUUUCAUUAUGUUGAUUAGCGUUAAAAUU